AAUAACAAAAAGCAAAAGCUUUACUCAUCUUCAUCCAAAACAGCUGAGCAGUGUAUUUUGUAAAUUAAAUAAGUUUUGUAGGUUCCUUUGAAAUCACUGUGUUAAUUUAAUUAGUAAGUUAAGUUUUUAGAGGAUUUUUUUCAAACUCUUGGGGGUUAAAAAAUGGGGAACUUGUUUGGGAAAUCCAGCAGUAAAGCAAAAGUUAGCAGAGUCACUGAACAGGACAAAGCCGUUCUUCAAUUGAAACAACAACGAGAUAAAUUGAAACAGUAUCAAAAACGGAUCGAGCUACAGCUGGAAAAGGAUCGUGAAAUGGCCAAAAAGUGUCUGGCUACCGGAAGAAAAGAACGAGCGAAAACGUUGCUUCGUAAGAAAAAGUAUCAAGAAAAGCUGCUUACCAAUGCCGAUGCACAAAUUGAAACAAUCGAAAAGCUUGCUUCGGAUAUCGAGUUCGCCCAGGUCGAAGCACAGGUCAUCAGUGGGCUCAAGGUUGGCAACGAGGCCCUGAAGAAGGUGAACGAAAUUCUAUCGAUCGAGGAGGUCGAACAGAUACUGGACGAAACGAGGGAAAGCAUAGAAAAGCAACAGGAAAUUGACGCCUUGCUAAAUGGUGUCCUAACCGAAGAGGACGAGGACGAAGUUUUGGCCGAGCUGGAGGAACUCGUCGGAGGCAAAGACGAGGAAAGAUCCACCGAAAGAGAAGACCUCGAAGAGCGUUUACCCGACGUGCCGGAGGAUGAACCAGUGCAGGAGAAAAAACGAAAGGAAAGAGAACCCGAACGCGCUGGAAAAAAGAUCGCCCUGGAGGCUUAAAUGGUGAUAGGGGUAGGACGACUCGGUGUGAAAAGCAAAACCGAAAACGUUUUGGAUACUUAGACCUGUUCAACACGACCGAUGUUGAAUGAUCGAUUCACUACUCUAACUAACUGAUAAGAACUGAUCCGUCGAUGCGCCGGAUGUGCCGGAUGUGCAAAACAAUUUAAUUUGUACUAAAGCCAUUAUUUUUUGUUGCCGAUAUAUGAAAAGAACUCGUAAGUUCCGCUUUAUACGCAAUUUGGUGGAAUGCUUUUCGAUUAAAAUGGGAUUGCGUAUUUUCAAA